AUGAAUCGAACAGUCUCCACACCUUCAUCGUCUGUCACUGAUGUGUCUGCUGAUAUACCAUCAAUACGUAACGUCAUUAAUGUCGAUGUACCUGCAUCGGACGUCUAUCUUUAUACACUAAAACUGAUUAUACUAGACUACAUUAAUGAACCACGGUUUAGAGACACAUCAUUACAAUCAAAUAGAACAGAUACACGAAGAGCSCUAUCCGACAAAACAAAUAAUCCACAGGUACAGCAUGAAAAGAGAAUACUGAUUGAUAAGCAAGACGACAUGUCUGAACAUGAUAUAGUACAGGCAACAUUACGAAUAUUAAAGGGAAAGUUAGCACAAAUUUCAGGCAAUAAGAGCUUGGCGCCGGAUGAGAUGCAUUGGAAGAGUAUUGUCAAGAUGUACUAUAGCAUGCUUGAUUCCUCUACUGCCGAUGCAUUUUCCAAGAUGAGUCAAAUGGAAGAAGUUGUUGGUUAUUUCACGAACGUGGCUAGCAACGAAUUAAAAAAGUUGACUGUUGGUAGCUCACGUGACGAAUUGUUUAGCGAGGUAGCGUAUUUCAUAGACCUUGUGAUCGAUAUACUUCCAGACAGUUGUGCAGGGAUUAUAAAGAGAUUGCUAGAUUACAAGAUCAGUCUCAGAAAGGGUGAGACGGCAGGAAGGAAGAAAAAAGUUACCUCACCGGCACCUAUGCCCCAAUAUAGAAGUGUUUCUGGCGGCACGAGCAAUAGUAAGCAACCUUCGUUCAAAGUCCAAGAUAUUUCACACAUGUCAUAUUUUAUGCAACUAUUUGAAGUAGAUGAAACAAAGCUUCAAAAAGAUGUAAUAACCGCUAAGGACGAUUCCACAAAUCCUAUAUUUUGCGGUGAAUUGAGAUACUUGAGGAAAAAAAUUAAGAAAGAAACUGGAUUAUUGACUGCUUCAGAUUUUUCAGAUGACAGAGACUAUACUCUAUGGAAGAAUUAUGAACUUCUUGAAAUCGCCAACUUGAUGGAUCGAUUUGGAACGGGCGAAAAAGUCAGCUCUCACAAAAAUCGUCUCAUACCGAAAGAUGCUAAAAGCGUAUUCGUCCAUCUCAUAAGCCUUGUUUUAAAAAAAGAGUGCUCUGAUACCGUAAAUGCUAUAAACCUUUCUCAAGAAGCUCUUUUUUUCCUUCAUAAAUCAGCAAGAUAUUGGAGGGUCGAGUAUCCUUCCACCAUAUCCUCCUUGCUAUAUUCGGCAGCAAACUUAAGUGUAUUAGAUGAUGAAGAGUUAAAUAUUCCAAUAACCGAAAACUUGUUUUCUGUUAUCCGCAAUAAAUACCUAUGUUCAGAGGAUAAUUUGGACCCAUCCACUUGGAACAUUCCAGAUCGUUAUUUGUGGGCAGCAAAUCUUUUUCAUACUUCAGAUCAAUCUAUGAAAACGAUAAGUAACCUUUUGACAGCAAUUUUUUCUAGUACAAAGCCGAAAUUCUCUCCAGUUUUAUCUUUUUAUUAUUCGAGUAUACUUGAUGAUCCAGUAAUGGAAUUUUACCAGGCACAGGCCACUGCCGUCAAAAAAUAUUGGAUAAAAGUAUUUAAAAGAACCCUUUUUAAGACAGCGGAAAAGUAUUUUAUCUCGCUUCUGCAAGACAUGUUAAAAGGUAAUACAGUUGAAAUUCAAAGCGUCCAUAACCUUGUGGAGACAAUUAUUGACGCCAUAAAGGCAAUCCAAAAACGCUAUAGUAAACCACUAUUGGAUGAAAUAUCGUUACCUAGACAAUGUGCAGUUUUUCUCUGUGAAGUGUACGGUUCAGACUCAUUAAAAUUAAUAAAAACUGCUGAAAAAAGCAGCAUGAAAAUGACCGGAAAAGGUUUGGGCCCAAUGGACGCACUGGAUAUGUACGAUGUAUUGAAAGAGCUAAGGCAGAUUUACAUUCAGGUAAAGCCAAAGGGGACAUGUUUUUUCAAUCUUGAAGAUUAUUUUAUCAAAUAUCUAGCUCAGUUAUGUGAUGAUGUAAGCCUUAAUGUUCAAAAAGUCAUCAAAACUUCUCUCAAAACCGAAAACUGGCAACCCAUAAACGAUCAAGAUUAUUUCAGUAGGUCAGUCUUGGAUAUAUUUAAAAUGAUAAAUGAAUCAACUGGCAUGCUUGAGAAAUUUGGCUGGGAAAAUGAGGUGCAACUAGCACAAAUGAUCACGAUGGUUUUGAAGGCCUUUUCGGAUGGCCUAUUAUCAUAUUCAGCACAAGUAAUGAACAUGAUAGAGAGUGAUUUACAGGAGGGUGAUGAGCCUUCUUACUCUUUAGAAAGCUCCGACUCUCAAUCGUCGCUUAAUCUUAGUGUUUCAAGUUAUACCAGUCCGAAUCAUGAACGAUCAAGAAGUAGUAGAUUAUUUGAAGAUUUGAAGAAUGCGGUUAAAUCAACUCCAAAAAUUGUGGCACCAGCCCCGUAUCAGUUCAAGAAGCGUACGUGCGUGCUACUCAACGACCUUGAUAAAACACUGUUUUUGUUAGAAAGUUUUGAAGAAAAAGUAGAUCCAUCAAGAAUAUCAUCUAUUAUCGCCCAAUAUCAAUCCUCUCGCAAAUCAGAAGAUAAUAUAAAACUGUUAGAUGAUCAGAAUAUGAAACAAGUGUACACCCUUAGGAUUAUUGGUGCCGACAACGUUAAAGGUUUCAGUAAAACAGGGCUUUCAAAUUCUUAUGUUUCGAUGAGAAACAUAACUUUGCAACGGGAGAUAGGGACAACCAAGACUGUUUCAAGGUCAGUUACUCCCAAAUGGGAUGAAGAGUUUGUAUUCGAAUCACCUUUUGGUAAGUCGAACGAUAUUGUGUUCACUAUAUGGCACCAUCCACAUAGUAGAUUGAAGAACCUGGCUGAAGACGACUUAUGUGGGAAAGCAAAUAUGAAACUUUCUCCGAGAAAAUUAAAGGAUGAUGGGUUUCCUCUCGACUUUUCGCUCACUUUAAACCCACAGGGAACGCUGCAUUGUCAAGUUUCUCUGGAAAGCGAAAAAAUAGAUGCCGUUUCUUCCAUGGGAAGAAUAUACAGAUCAUUCAGUAGGUCAAGAGACCGUGCAAUAAAUUUGAUGGUCAGCAAAUUCUCUAAUUUUAUUGCCUUUGCGUUUUCAAGGACUACAUUGAAAACAGUUUGUGGUCACCAUGGCACCACACUUGCAUCUGAUGAAGCGGUGUAUGAUGCAAUAUUACCAUUGUUUGACUAUUUAAAUGCGAACUUGAACAUUCUGGCCUCUGAGCUUUCUCAAAGGCUACUGUUUAUGGUAAUGCUGAGAGCUUGGAACCUAGUUUUAGAGAAUGCUGACUUGCUUCUUUUACCAUCUCUGAACAGUGCUAAAACCAAUAUAUUAAGAUCAGCCAAGAAAUCUCUCUGGGAAAACACCAUUUCAAGUACAAAAACGGUAUCAGGAUACGGCCGUCCAUUAACCCAAGCAGAAAUUGAAACAAUUUUUAAAUGGCUCGGCGCACUAUGUAUAGAUUUCUUUCAUAACAAAGGAGAAGGCCCCCCUCUUGCAGAACUAAAGAAUGAGUAUUACCAAAACAUAUUACUGGUUCCAGCUUUCUAUGAUAAAGGCGUAUCCGAACUGAAGGAAGAGGUUGAUCGAUUAGUUCCUGUUUAUGAAGAGUAUUUGAAAUGGUUUUAUUUGAAGAAGACUCCGAUUACUUUUACUAAUAAAUCAGUCGGAACAAUAUCCAGAAAAAAAUCUCUAGCGGCUAAUAUCAUGAAAGAACCCAAGCAGCAACUAGAACGAGACGCAGAGGUAAUGAACAUCAUAUUAAGGAUUUUGAUUGCAAAAGGCCAGCACGAUUAUGUUCAUCGCAUCUUGCACGAUAGAAGAGACCUUGUUAACACUAUGAAAAAUAGAAGAGCCGUAAGAAAAGCAGUCGGUUCUACCGGAAAAAAAUAA